UACAUAUUGUAAUUAAUACGACGGUAUAACACAUCAAACAAAUUAAGAAAUACAGUGAAUUUUACUGUUACCUCAACAAGAAGAAAUGUUUCCGGCGUAUGCCUAUUUAUCUGCUUAUGACAGACACAAGAAACUGAUAAAUGACUAUUUAACUUUACAUGGAGGCUCCAUAACAUCUCUGAAACGAGACACGUCCCGAGAUAAGACAGACUAUGACGUUAUUAAAGAAAACCAUAGGUUUCUUUGGGAUCAAGAUAACGAUUUACCGGACACAUGGGGCGAUCGGCUGGCGAAAAAAUAUUACGACAAAUUGUUCAAAGAAUACUGUUUAGUUGAUUUAACUUACUACAAACAGAACAAGGUUGCCUUAAGAUGGAGAACAGAGAAAGAAGUAAUAGUUGGUAAAGGGCAAUUUGAAUGUGGAAACAAAAGGUGCAAAGAAAAAGAGAAUCUUAAGUCUUGGGAAGUAAAUUUUGGUUAUGUGGAACACGGAGAGAAGAAAAAUGCUCUCGUGAAAUUAAGGUUGUGUCCAGAGUGUUCUAUAAAGUUAAAUUAUCGAACACAAAAACGGGAAGUGAAGAGAUAUAAAUCAUUAAAGAGAUUAAGAACAUAUUCAGAAUCACAGACUAAUACACCAAGCACAUCCACGAUGAACAUAAAAAUGGAAGAAUGCGAGCCCAUAAACAAUGCCGAGGAAUCUACUACUGUACAAACAGAGAAGGACGAGUCACAAAUAUGGAAAGAAAAGCCAACGGACAGUGCAGAAAAGACUAGGGAAGAAGAGUUUGAAGAAUACUUAGCAGAUCUGUUAAUGUAACAUACAUUUAAGUUUAUGUGAUAUUAU